CAUUCACAUUUCUGCAGAUCCUUUUUAAAUGGAAUAAAUUAUUAUUGCUCUGCAUCAUAGGUAUCUGGUAGCAUAAUGCGUUCAAUUCAAUUUACUAAUUUAAUCCAUAAGAAGUGUUUCGUUUUCAAAUGAACCACUGCAACUGUGCAACCAAUGAGUAAAAGCCCGUUAGAUAUCCAAGCCAAAAUGGUCGAAUGUGGAAUCUGUUCUGAGGACUACAAGGAGGGUGAUUUGGAACUGCAUCGGGAGAUGUGCGUGGUAAGGUUGAUGUUCCGAUGCUCCCUAUGUGACGGGGACUAUGUAAGCAAGGAAGGACUGUGGAAUCAUUUGGAUCUGCACGAGAUAGCAGAUGAAAGUAAGGAAUUGCACCAUCAGGAAAUAAAAGCAAAACACAAAUUGCAUCAAUGCGUUCUGUGCAAUGACCAACGAGCUUAUUCGGAGAGUCCCUACUGGAAGCACAUCCACGACAUUCACGAUGGCUUCUUUCUACGGUGUUCUGAUUGUGGGGAAAACUUUCGAUCCGAAUCGCUUCAGAAUGAUCAUGCCUUGAGUCAGUGUAUGGCCAGGAAGCAAACGGAAGAUGGACAAGUUCCUAUUGAAGUUGAAAAUAUGACUUCUGAUGCUGGACAUUCGAAAUUAAAGCAGAAAAAGAAGAGCAGCAAUGAAAAUAAAGUACCAAGUAUGCGAUUGAGAGUCAGGCCGAGUCACAAGAGUUCUGAUGAACUUAUCCUGAAUGACAGGAGUGACCCAACAGUGGUGGCAAAGAUUUCUUCGAGUGAAGCUUCCUGCACCAAAUGUUCCCACUGUGGAAUAGAAGAGUCCAGCGCCGUCACCCUAACUCAUCACAUUCUCAACCACCAUGAGACAGUCGCAUGUGAUUUCUGUGGACAUAAUUUCUCCAGUCUUUCUCAGGCUCAGCAUCAUAUGACAACGCUGCACAAGAAAUCGACGCUCAAAUGCCCACAUUGUUCGAUGCAGUAUACCUGGAGAGUGUCCUUUCAACGCCAUGUAUUCGAAUGUGAGAAGAAAAAACUUCUCUGCGAGGGUUGUGGUGCCAUUUUUAAAGAUAAAGAUGCUAUCCGUAGACAUAAGAAAAAUUGUUGCCGAGCAUAUAAAUGGUGCAAGGAGCAAGAGCAGACGAGUUUGCCUCUUGUUAAAAGCGGCUUAUCCCAAACAAAAUGUGGCUACUGUAACGAAGACUUUUCCAGUCCAGGGCAUUUAAUUCGUCACUUGCAAAUUGUCCAUAAGCUGACCAAAUGUGAUAUCUGCGGUUUAACUAUUCUUGGUAUAUCAGUAAUCAAAAAUCAUAAGAUAAAAUUCCACACAGAACCGAAAUACGAGUGUCCAACUUGUGGGACGAAAUUUAGCCGAAAAAAGAAAUAUGAUGCACAUUGUUUACUGUGUAAGCAAGGGAUGUACUCAUGUAAAUUAUGUGGUCACAUGUUCAGACGAUUAGGCUCACUGAAACGUCAUGAUAAGCAAUUUCAUCCAGAUGAGAGCAGUUUGGAAAAUCGUCGGUCAGGUCAAGUACAAGUUCAGAGAAAUAAGAGAUAUUUAUGUAAAGUAUGUGGAUGUUCGUUCGCACAUUUUCGAUCAGCCAAGCGGCAUAAUAAGCGAUGUCAUCCAGAUGGGUGCAAUUUAAAAAAUAUAGGAAUCGCUCAAGAUCAAAAACAAGUUCAGCCUAAUAAUCUGCAAAUGGCACGUGACCAUCAAGGACCAUCAACGGACAAUCGAUCCUCAAAAAUGGGUGUAUCAAAUUCUCGAUCGAAUGAGCAUUCAUCAGCUUGCUUGAACGAUGAUGAUUUUAUGGAAAGCCAAGUGAUCGACAAGGAAUCCCGGAUGGUUUCAGAGAAAACCUCGCAGGUACUUGUUGAUAAUUCAUCAAUCCAGGCAUAUUCGGACAACAUCAUUGACAUUACUUUGUCUAGCUAUAGGCAGAAUCAUAUGCUGAACAAACACACUGAAGGAAAGUUCCAAUGUCCUCAUUGUUCGAGGAAUUUUUUCUUUAAAAGGUGCUUUGAAUGCCAUACGUCAAGUUGUGCAGACUUAAAACAUUCAUGUGAACUGUGUGGUCAAAAGUUUAACCUCCUAAGCAUAGUGGAGAACCACAAGAAACGAGUUCAUUGUGGCGACGGACCUUUAGGAAACGCGUGUAUCAUUUGCAAAAUUGCGUUCGCCAAUACUGACGAACUAAUGAAACAUAAGCCAGCCUGUUCUAAGCAGGCAAAAAUGCACGAUGAUUGUCAGUUCGGUGCAGAGGAAAUCUCACUGCUCCAUGGUGGUAAGGAAGCCCAAAAUAAUGAUCUCGACCUGGACAUAAAAGUAGAGGAAACAGUGCUACAUGAACAGGAAUACCAAGUUCCAAACGAAGACCCAAGGAGAUCCUCCGUCCCAAGUGUGCAUUCGCAUGGUCAUACAUCGAAGGACAUUGAAGCUGAAGAUCUUGAGAGCGGAAUCAAAGUCAACGAAGAAUACCCAGAGGACGCAGAGGAGAUACAAACUGAACAUCAGAGUACAACGAAAUCUUCGAAAUGCCACGAAGUUCCCAGCGAUCGAAACGAGACUCUUGAUGCUGGUGAUAAACUCUGGCCGUGCUCAAUUUGUGGCCAUACUUUUAAGAGGAAUCACAACUUGAGGUAUCACAAGCUCGUAAGUCAUACAGAGCCACGAUAUAAAUGUAACGUUUGUCAAAAGUCGUUUCAUAUCGUUAGCUUUCUACGUCGUCAUUUAAGUAGCUGUUCAAAAAUACGAUGUGACAAAUGCGGUUUAAAGUUUACUACACGUCGUCAUUUAUGUAAACAAUCAUUAUGAUAAGCAUCCACGUAAUGGUAAAUUGAUGGACGUUGAAGCUGAAGGUGCAGAACUCGGAACCGAAUUUUAUUCAUUUAAAUCGAAAAUUUAAAUGUUAAUUUUAUAAACAUAUGAAUAAUUCAAAGUAAAUUAAAAACAUGUUUUCAACAAAAGUAUUUAUGUUUGUAUUAAAUUCAAAAGCAUGUU